AUCUCAUACUGCACUCGACCGCCGCUGACGACUCGGAGCUUGUUCUAGCGUUGACGCAGUACACAGACUCGAGGGAUCCACGGCGCAGAAGCCGGACAUCGAGAUGCAGCCCGUAGGAGUUGGCUCGAACUCAGCACCCGAUGCCCCCAAUGCGACGUGCACCGCAGCAACAGCCGUCAGCGGAGUCACGCCGGAGACCGCUACGAUGCUCAACGGAUCGUCGCAAGGGUCGGAUGCAGCCCAGACCGAGCACUCGCAGCCACUAGAUGCUACCGAACCGCGUGCAAACGACUCCGAUGUCGCACGCGGAGUCGCAGAGACAGGAACAUCCGCGGACGAAGGUCGUCGGGGCGGACUCGCAGGCGCAAUCGAGCAGGCGGAUGAACGUCAAGGCGGCGACGCGCGUCCAAGUCAGGAGGUGUUAGCUGCACCGGACGACACACUCACGCAACCGUCCGAGUCGCACUGCGAGCUGGGCAGCGGGAAUCAGAACAACUGCUGAUUCGGAGGUCGUAGGAUGCAGGUGUCGAGGUGUACGUCCGGGCAGUAACGAUGUCUUCGACCGCGAUGGGGUGUUUUCUCGUAUGUAUGCACUUGUUCUCGACUCGGAUGCAGCUGUUCGUGACGUUUUGAUAAGCUAUGGUCUGGGCGUUUCGAUACACACGGGCUUACUGAAUGUCUACGAUGCACCUGUAUUCGCACACCAGAUUUCCUGGACCUUCCAUGAGUGAGGUGAUGCUGUCCGUUGUUCGUAUCGUGCUGCGUACUACAUAGUUCGUUCCGUACUAUUGCAAACCACCUCCCGUACGUCUGUUUGGAAAUCUUGUUGAACUAUCGCAUGUCAAUGUAACGCACCAUGUUCCGUCGUCCCG